CCCGGCAUUGGCUGCUUUGUGCGGCGGCGGCCAUGGAGGCGGUUGAGUGCGCGGAGCACGGCUCCCUCUGCUUCCUGAAGACCGGCGUCCGCGACGGCCCCAACAAGGGGAAGAGCUUCUACGUGUGCGGGGCGCGGGGCCCGGCCGCCUGCGGCUUCGUCGUCCCGGCGCCUAUUCCUGCUUCUUUCUGCUUGAUCCAUGAGGGAUACAUGGUGGAACUGCAAGUCCUGGUUCAGCAGCAGGACAGAGAUGAAUACCAGCUGUUUUACCGGUGCGUUAACAGUAAGUUGAAUGGGAAGAAAUGGUGUGGAAGUGUCCCAUGGCAGGACCCAAAAGCUACCAAAGUGUCCAAAAACUUACAAUCACAGCCCAAGAAAGUACCUCUCUUCAAUCCCAGUGGCCAAAGAAAUCCAUUCAAAGUGAUAGACAAGAAUUGUGAACAGUCAGCCUGGAAACAAAUUAAGCAAGGCAAUGGAGAGGAAAGUAAAGGAAAAGGAGUCGACGUGGAGAAAGAUAGUGUGGUGGUGUCGCAUGAAGAAAAGAAGUCAACCUCUGAUUCUUCCACGGAGAGGGAACAUCUAGAAGGGCUGAAAACUGAGAAGAAACAAUCCAAGGGAAAUAGUAGUGAUCCAGAACUUAAGGAAAGCACAGUGUCUGAAUCUAAACUUACUCUUCCUGAGGCUUGGAAAGGGAAAAAUACUUAUCGGGAUGAAGUGAACCAUGGAGGAAGUGGUAAGGAAUCCAAGAAAUCACCUGAAUAUGUGGAGAAAGAGCCAAGUGGGAGAUCAGAACUCUUGCCAGUAGGUCUUGGAAAGCAAAGUACAAGUACCAAGCUUCCAGAGAAAGAACAGCUCGGAGAGGAAAGUUUAAAAAGCUGUGGGGAUAAAGAAACCACACAGAAAGAAUACAUUGGGAAGAAUGGAGAGAUGAAACCACUGUCUAAAGAAAAUGCAAUUUCCUCAAUAGUACCGCAAGUAGCAUCACAACAUGCUCUCCUGAAGCAAGGAGGAGAUGCAGCAGCAUCUAAGACACAGAUCAGGCCAGGGCUGGAACAGCCUGCUGAUGAAGUUCCUGCCAGUCAUGAAGUAGUACUUGUUUAUUCCUCAUCAGGUAAAAAUGAACCUGAGAAAUCAGUUGAGGCUUUGCAACCAAGAGAGGUUCUUGCAGGAGCAUCAGGCAAGAGUAUGCAGGAGACAUCUUUGCCAGGAGCUGCAGCAUCGCUUCACAUGGAAGGACACCAGGAUUCUAAGGCUCUUCGCAACCAUCUUGAAGUCCAGCUGAGGCAGAAGAAGAAUACAUUGGCUACAGUGAACAUCCAAGUACUGCCAGAUAAAGGGCAACGGUUAUUAAAGCAAGUGCAGGAUUUGGAAGCUGCACUGAGUGCUCUUAACAUUUCAACAACAGAUACUGCUGAAAAAGGGGAGGAUGGUGCGAGCGGUGGCUGUUGUGAGGAACCUUUGCCUAACCCAUUUGGCAGACCAGGUGGUACAAAGCUGAUAACACCACUGCCUCUCAGGGAUCAUAAAGCUGGGACCUCUUCAGGCUUGCACAGUCACCCUUCUGCUGCUGCUGCUUUGGGCUCCAGUGAAUAUUGCAGCCACGGUUUUGGAAUGAACUCUGGUGUACAGAAUCUGUAUGGCGGAAGAAUGACAGAAGACCGACUCAGGGCCGUACACAGUGCCACAAGUGAUGCUAUUAAUCAUCUUCACAAAUCUCUAGAAUCCUGUCCAACAGAGCAGACGGUAGCUGAAGAUCCCCCUGGAUUGAAGGUUCCGUUGUUGCUGCACCAGAAACAAGCCCUGGCAUGGCUGCUCUGGAGGGAGAGUCAGAGGCCAUGUGGAGGAAUUCUGGCCGAUGACAUGGGCUUGGGGAAGACUCUAACGAUGAUUGCUCUGAUUCUGGCCCAGAAGCAGCUGAAGACAGAGAAAAGAAACAACAAGCUAGAAAUGUGGCUAUCCAAAAAUGAUUCCACUGUUAUCCCUGCACACAGCACUUUAAUCAUUUGUCCUGCAUCCUUGAUCCAUCACUGGAAGAAAGAGAUUGACAGACAUGUGGGCUAUGGAAAACUGAGGGUCUAUUUGUACCAUGGGCCAAAUCGAGAUAAACAUGCAGAGGUGCUCUCUGAAUAUGAUGUUGUUGUCACAACUUACAGCCUUCUCUCCAAGGAGGUUCCCACAAGCAAAGAGGAGGGGGAAGUCCCUGCUGAGGACCAUGAUGUGGGGAGUGGGUCAUCUCCCUGUUCCCCCCUGCUCAGGGUAGAUUGGGCUCGAGUCAUAUUGGAUGAAGCUCACAAUAUUAAAAAUCCAAAGGUUCAAACCUCCAUAGCUGUGUGCAAGCUGAGAGCUGGUGCCAGAUGGGCUGUCACUGGGACACCAAUACAGAACAACUUAUUGGACAUGUACUCUCUUCUGAGGUUUCUACGUUGCUCUCCCUUUGAUGAAUACAAGGUGUGGAAGUACCAGGUAGAUAACAACACUAAGAAGGGAGGAGAUAGGCUAAGCCUCUUAACGAGGACCCUGCUAUUACGGAGAACUAAAGACCAGCUGGAUUCAGCUGGAAAGCCCUUGGUAUCUCUGCCACAGCGUAGUAUGCAGUUGCAUCGGUUAAAACUUUCAGCAGAUGAACAGUCUGUGUACAAUGUGCUCUUUGCAAGAUCCAGGUCAACGCUGCAGUCCUACCUAAAGAGACAAGAGCAGAAACAUGAGGGCAGAGAGUAUGCGGGGGGUAACCCAUUUGAGAAAGUUGCACAAGACUUUGGGGGCAGUCAAAAGGAAUUCCUAGCAAGUUCACAGAGUGCCUUCCAAGUUUCAAGUACUGUCCAUGUCUUGUCCAUGCUGUUGAGGCUCCGUCAGUGCUGCUGCCAUCUCUCCUUACUGAAAGUGGCUCUGGACCAAGCUAAUUUGACCAGUGAAGGCCUCUCCCUCUCCAUUGAAGAGCAACUUAGUGCUUUGACCCUGUCUGAGCUCCAGAAUCCUGAUUCCAAGUCAACAGUUUACCUCAAUGGUACAGCUUUUAAAACAGAUCUCUUUGAAAUCACCAGGGAGAGCACCAAGAUAGCACACCUCUUGGCUGAACUGAAAACUAUUCGGAGUCACUCGGAAUCUCAGAAGAGUGUUGUUGUGUCUCAGUGGACGAGCAUGUUGAAAGUUGUAGCUGUGCACCUCCAGCAAUUAGGGCUGAAGUAUGCAGUCCUGGAUGGCUCUGUCAAUCCUAAACAGAGAAUGGAUGUGGUAGAAGAGUUCAAUAGCAAUCCGAAGGGGCCUCAGGUAAUGUUGGUCUCAUUGCUGGCUGGAGGUGUUGGCUUGAACUUGACAGGAGGAAACCACCUCUUUCUCCUUGACAUGCAUUGGAAUCCUGCUCUCGAGGACCAGGCUUGUGACCGCAUUUACCGAGUGGGGCAGCAGAAGGAUGUUGUGAUACACAGGUUUGUCUGUGAAGGAACAGUAGAAGAAAAGAUUGUGCAACUCCAGACCAGGAAGAAGGGGCUUGCCCAGCAGGUGCUGUCAGGCAAAGGGGAAACCUCGAAGCUCACCCUGGCUGACCUCAAAACUCUCUUUGGCAUCUAAAUAUCCUCCGCAAUAGAAAUGGAAAGUGAUUUUUUACCUACAGAUAAUUGAGCAGACUUCAGCAAAGGGCUGCUGUUUCAAGAUGGUCAUUUAUUUUAAAUAAAUAAUACAUUUUGCAGUUUUGUAACUGUUCAGGACAAAAAGGUUACCAACAUUAGCAAUUCGUUUAAUACAAAACAAAAUAGAUUGUGUAUCCAAAAGCUAAUAAAGUUAUAAAUUAAGCUAUUGUUUAAACCACUUUUGAGUAAAUAUUAAAAACAGAUAUUUGCUUGUU